AUGUCUGAAGAAAAUGCAAAAACGAUAAAGAUGUACAAACCGACGGAAGCGGAUAUGAAACACUACUAUGAAAAUUUUCUUCCCUUUCCUUCAAUUUUCACUUGGUUGAAUCAUUCUAAGGUUCCGAAUAAUGAUUUCACACAUCGGGAAUUUGCAUUUGAGCAUCAAAAUGGAGCUUACCAACGUUAUAACUCUUUUCAGGAUGCUGCAGAAUUUAAAAAGAAGGUUGUCAAGUAUAACCCAACUCGUUUUGAAAUCGGUGCAGUGUAUCCUGUCGAACCAAAAGAUCGUAAAACUGUUGCGAAAAACAUGAUGAAGCCUUUAUCGAAGGAAAUGGUUUUGGAUAUUGACUUGACUGAUUAUGAUGAAAUUAGAACUUGCUGUAAAGGUACCUCGAUUUGUGAUAAAUGUUGGAAAUUCAUAACCUUGGCCAUUAAGGUUGUAGACGUUGCAAUUAGGGAAGAUUUUGGAAUUGAAAACAGAAUUUGGGUUUUCUCUGGUAGAAGAGGUGUCCAUUGUUGGAUGAGCGACUCAAAAAUCAGAUUUUUAAAGGAAAACGGAAGAAGAGCAUUUAUUGAAUAUUUGGAUAUUCUGAAUGUCAAGGGUAAAAGUAAAAAGGGGAUAUUUGGACUUAAAAAACCUUACCAUCCGCACAUUGAAAGAUCCUUGGAUAUUUUGAAAGAUCAUUUUGUUGAUAUUAUCCUAGAGGAGCAGGGCUCUUGGGAUUCUAUAGAAUCUGGCAGAGAGUUAGCUCUGUCAAUUCCGGAUAUUAAAUUGAGAAAUGUAUUACUUCAGAAGUGGAAAGAUAACAACAUAUCCAGUACAGACAAAUGGGUCGAUAUUGGCGAUCUAUAUAAAGAGCUAGGAAUAAAUUCAUUUGAUUUAGUCGACUGGAGAAAGGAAAUGAUUUUGCAAAUGUUAUAUCCAAGAUUAGAUGUGGAAGUCUCCAGACAGAUGAACCAUUUGCUAAAAUCACCAUUUUGCGUGCAUCCAGGUACAGGUAAUGUUUGUGUUGUAUUUGAUCCGAAUGAAAGAGAAUUCAAUCCGUUUACGGAUGCCCCAAAUCUACAACAAAUUUUUUCUGCUGACGAAUUUGAGUGGAAAAAUACACCUUUGAAGGAUAGUAUAUUACUUUUUAGAAACUAUGUUGACAAACUCUUGAAAUGUGAAGGUCCAACGAAGAGAGAAAAUGACGAGCUGGACUUCUAG